AUGCUGACGGCGGCAGGCAUAUCCACUGGAAAAACAUGCCUUAUAUUCGGUGCGGGUUGCUUCCUUCCGGAAAAUGGUGAGGAAAUGCAAGAAGUUCAGCGAUGGGCUUUCUUUCUGGUUCGUAGUGAGGGUCACGGAAGUCCAUCGGCAACCAAAGCGCCGGAGAGGCGCCGAGGACAGACGCGCGCGAACGGACAAGCGGCGAAUAAAGAUCAAUUGUUGAUCCACGUUGUGCCAGCAUCCAUCAGCGCUGACACGUCGAAUUGUAACGCCAUCAAUUGCUGGCAGCGGCAAAGGCCCACACCACAAGUCUAG